AUGCAAUUGCGCGGUCAGCGCCAGCUUCAGUCACCAAGGAUGGAGGAGGAGAUGGAGGAUGAGUCGAGCUCAUACAGCGAAGCUGAUCAUGAGCACGCUGUCAUCUCUACCUUUGAUUUGUUCUCCAUUGGUGUUGGCCCUUCGUCAUCUCACACCGUGGGGCCAAUGCGAGCUGGCAACAUCUUUGUCAAUGAUCUUAUCGACGCUGGAUUGCUUCCCAAAGUCAAUAAGAUCCGUGUGGCUAUCUACGGAAGUCUUGCGCUCACAGGUGAAGGCCACAUGACGCCUUCAGCUCUGCUCCUCGGUCUCGAAGGCGCCGACGUGGAAACUGUCGACACAGGAUACGUUCCCACUCGCUUCAACGAUAUCAAAGCUAGCAAAAAGAUCUUCCUAGGUCGAGGUCUGGCUGCCGAUGGAUCCAAGGGCAAAGAAAUCGCUUUCGACUACGACAAGGAAUUCAUCUGGGAAUGGGGACGUAAGCUUCCCCAGCACAGUAACGGCAUGCGCUUCACUGUCUUCGACAAAGAGGGUUACGUCCUUGCAACAAACGACAUGUUCAGCGUUGGAGGUGGUUUCGUUGUCAAUGGCGCUCUCAGCAUAGCGCCCCAGGAAACGCUUUCUCCAAAUGCCCCCACACAGCUCGAUGACCCCGAUUUCGAGUUGACGGCCCAUCCGGCUGAUUUGGCCGAAAACAUGUACUACAAGGAAAUUCGGCGAUCCGAUGCCGCGGGAGAUCGCAGGACAGGCUCCGAAGUCAAGGUCCUCGACGAAGCCAAUGAAGGACCACAGGCCCUCCUCGGAGAGUCAGCUGAGCCAACCGGCCUCUCCACCGAUGUCAAGUCCGAGACCAAGAGCACCAGCUCAUCACCCCAUCCGCGGUACCCAUUCCGAGAUGCCGCUAGUCUACUUUCUCUGUGCCGCAAGCACAACCUCACAAUUGCGCAGCUGGUGUAUGAGAAUGAGAAGAGUCUGGGCUACACGGAUGAAGACAUCUAUCGCAAGAUCUUCAAGAUCUGGGGCGUCAUGGAUGCUAGUAUCCUAGAAAGUGUCCAGGCGCCCACUGGAUCAAAACUUCCUGGUUCUCUCAAGCUGCAUCGACGAGCGCCCGCGCUUUACCGCCGCUUGACUCGAGGACUGUAUCCUUCGUCUACUGCGGAUACUUCUGCUGCUCAACUGGAGCACAAGUUUUCCUCACCUGACCCCAACAUUGGUGAAGAUGGGGCUACCUCCCAACCGAGCGCUCUCGCUACACCAGCGGCCACUUCCACUGCUUCGGUGCCAGAAAGAUUCACGGCCGGCGGCAUCCGGAAGCGCGGACCACCAAGGAUACACGGUUCACUGAACCACCCUAUCGCUCCAGCUCCGUCGCGUCGUACGACAUUCCCAACCAUGGACUAUCUCUCGGUCUACGCUAUCGCUGUCAACGAGACAAAUGCUGGAGGUGGCCGAAUCGUCACUGCGCCUACCAACGGUGCUGCAGGUAUUAUUCCUGCCGUGCUGAAGUACACCACCGAGUUUAUCAGUGACGACCCCGAGCGGGAUAUUCCUACUUUCCUCCUCACAGCUGCUGCCAUCGGUAUGCUUUACAAGCGAGGUGCCACCAUCUCCGCUGCUGAAGGAGGAUGCAUGGCCGAAGUAGGUGUCGCCUGCUCUAUGGCUGCUGGUGCCUUCGCAGCAUGCAUGGGCGCCAGUCCUGAGACAAUUGAGCAAGCCGCUGAGAUUGGUAUCGAGCACAACCUCGGCCUGACCUGCGAUCCUAUUGGCGGUCUUGUCCAGGCUCCUUGUAUCGAGCGAAACGCUCUGGGCGCCACAAAGGCUAUUUCCAGCGCCAACUUGGCCCUCAGCAGCGAGACAGGUACUCAACGUGUGAGGCUGGACGAUGCCAUCCGCGCAAUGCGUUUGACGGCCAAGGGCAUGAGGAACGAGUUCAAGGAAACCAGUCUGAGUGGAUUGGCUACGAGUGUUCACAUUAAUAUUCCAGUCAGCGUGCCUGAUUCACCUAGAAACACCCAUCAGGACACGUCUACAGGACUCGGGCCCCCAAUGGAUCUAAGCCUAAGCUGGAAAGGAAAUCUUCGUCUGCGACUCCGACUGCCGAUAGGACCUGGGAAUCCAGAGAUAUCGUUUGGUAACCCCGCUCGGUCACAGAUCUUCCUUCAGCUAUACGGCGAUGAGGCACAAGGAGAAUCACUGAAGCACAUAAAGCCUUUGCCAGAUAUAUGUGAUGACCAUCUAUCAAAACAAGGUCUCAGCUUUAUCAAUUCUUGUCUCAAGAUAUGCCUGGAGAAUCAUGAGCAUUGCAAACAGAACGAUACCAGCUUACCGACACGUGUUUUGGAUAUUGGAGCCAGUGAAAACAGUCACGUACGAUUGAUCGAGACGAUAGACAAGAAAGCCGAAAAGUACGUAGCGCUAAGCUAUUGCUGGGGAAGCAAUCCCUCCAUCAGGACUAUGGCCGAAAACCUUGAGGAGAUGAAAUCUGGAGUCAUACUGGAGCGGCUGCCAGCAGCAUAUGUGGAUGCGGUAGCACUGACCAGACAGCUGGGUGUCAGAUAUAUAUGGAUAGAUGCACUAUGUAUCAUUCAAGACUCACAGGCGGAUUGGGAGAAGGAAUGCUCGAAGAUGGCUGAAACAUACGCCAACGCCUACCUUACUAUCGCGGCUGCAUCUUCAUCAUCCGUGACAAGUCACUUUCUGAAGCCUCUGCUUGAAACGCCGCCACAGGCUCCGCACUAUAACCGUCAAGUUUUCAAAACGGCGGUGACGGGCAAUAACGGCAAGGGGCUUGUCUCAGUCAAGGCGAGACUUAUGCAGGCAACCGGCGCUCACUGGCAAUGGCAAGACACCCAGAACGAUCAGCAGCCACUUGUCGAGCCGCUCACCCAGCGCGGCUGGACGCUGCAGGAAAAAAUCCUCUCAACCCGUCUUCUGUCGCUAUCCGCGUCGGAGAUGGUCUGGACUUGUAAGGAACGGAUAGUAUGCGAGUGUGGUUCGCGUUUGAAUCAUCAGCGCGAGUUUGGUGGUACACCGCUCAGUCAAAUUUCCCGACAGAGUGAAGCGUUCAAUUUUUGGCACAAGAUUGUUGAGAACUAUGCUAAGAGGAAGCUCACGCGAUCAGAGGACAAGCUCCCAGCUAUAUCUGCAAUAGCAGCUAUCGUGCAGAAAAAAAUAGGCUCAGACUAUAUUGCUGGAUUAUGGGCGGACAAUAUCGAGCUUGAUCUGCUGUGGCGUCGACCAGCAUCAACACCAAUCCAAUCAGCCAGCUCAUGUUAUAUUGCGCCAAGCUUCAGCUGGGCUUCCAUAACGGGCGAGAUUGACUAUCUGUGCUUCCGCAAUGGAAAAUGGCCAUACGAGAAAGCGGCCAAAGUUCUUGAAGUCACUUCAGAAACCGGGCCAGAUGCGCCGCUUGGGAGGGUGAUGAAAAGCAAGCUGGUCGUACAGGGACCAAUAGCCACAGGAUAUGUCGAGCGACAAGGCCCACACGGCUGGUUUGUUGUGCGUAUCGGAAAGACGCGUCUAUUCUUCUUCCCAGACACUGUGCUUUCAACUACGAUCGCGAAUGAGGGAUCGGAAAUACCCGAAAGGGAAAUUCAAUUCUGA